AUGGCACCAUUAAUGGGAAUGAAAGUAGCUUCUAAGAACUUAAGUACUAAGAGAUGUUUGUUCAUUUGCAGGCUAUAUGAUGGGAGAGUUACUCAGGGUCCGCUGAAAGGGGCUCCAGUUGUUUUUAAGGUUUAUCCUGGAAAAAGGGCCGGUGGAAAUGAGGCUGAUAUGAUGGCUGCUAAUGAGCUAAAUGCUCACACAUCCCUUCAAGACAGUUCAGAUGGUAUCUGCCAGAAUCUUGUGACACUCAUAGGUGGGUUUGAAACAAAAACUGGGGAGCAGUGGCUGGCUUUUCGCAAUGACGGGAAAUAUAGUGCGGCAGAUUAUGGAAAAGUUAUGAGUGAAAGAGUUUCAAAAAGCCGUGCUGGGGGAGGACAGGUUUGGAAUAAGUUUGAACAAGAGGAAACAAUCAAACGCAGAAGAUACUAUGUUACCAAGUUGCUUCAGGGUACAAUGAGAGGUCUAGCAUACAUGCAUGAUCGUGAAAGGUUACACCAGAGUCUGGGACCAGCUUCUAUCAUUCUUAACACAAUUGUAGAGAGAGAGGCCAUAUACUUAGUACCACGACUCCGGGAUCUAGCCUUUUCUGUUGACAUUGGGUAUUCAAAUCUAGAAGGGAGGCCUGGACUACUGUCGGAGGGACUUUGGAGACGAGCAUCUACCGCUGGUGCCUUCACACCUAUGGAUAAAAGAGCAUUUGGACUGGCAGAUGACAUAUAUGAAGCAGGUAUUUUCUUUGCAUACUUGGCAUUUGUUCCAUUUUGUGAAGCAGGCACAAUGGAUGGUCUUUCGUUGCAAAGGAUUUUAGAGAGCACUUUCCAACUUGAUCUUGGAGCAACAAGAGAAUACUGUUUAGCAGAUGACAGGCUAUUAGAUGCUGUGAAAUUUCUGGAUCUUGGAGAUGGUGCUGGUUGGGAGUUACUCCAGGCAAUGCUGAAUCCUGACUUCCGGAAACGGCCGAUGGCACAGACUGUACUCAAUCAUCGAUUCAUGACCGUGGGUGUUCUUUGAGAUUAUGGACCGCAGAAUUUGAUCUAUUGUGUAUGUUGUAUGAUAGACAUGGAUCAUCAAGUGAACUAUGUAUAGGUGAUAUUUCUUUGCAGUAAGAGUACAUGUAUGCAAGCUGCAUUGUCAGUAUUAAUUAAGCUCUUAUUUUGCUGUUGUA